UCCUUUUCGCAUCCCGCUUAUUAGAAGCUUCUACUACCUGUCUUCCUACAUCUUCCUUCUUGCUUCCCACCAGCGUAACUGGCCAGUCGCCACCGCUACCCGUUCUUCCUUCCUUCCCGCUAGUCGCGUCAACUGUCGCGUAAGAUUUCUUACCUCCGCGAGCAGGGCGAAUUUCCUACCCUCCUCUUACGACAGAGAUAAUGGGCCGCACCACCAGACGCUCAGCAAGGCCCCAAUCGGGUACAUCUACUCCCCCCAACAUCUCCUCUCCGCCUUCGCGCCCUUUGUUUCCCAGCAUCUCCCUUCGCUCUUCAUCGCCUACUCCACCUACCCACGAAAACCUCUCAGCCCGGUCCUCUCUCCUCAGCGUGCUCACACGACCAGCCCAUUCAGUCGCAGCGACGCCAGAUUCGCCAGAGGAAGAGCUCUCGGAUUUGUCGACAGUAAGCAGCUAUGCCUCGAGUGUUAUCUCUGGUACACAUUCAAAGGACAUGACCGAAGAGGAGAUUGCAAAGGUAUAUGAGAAUUAUUUGGAGAAGCCAUUCAUCCAAAUAAAGACUACAAUAAAGCAUAGCGAGUUUGGACAUUGUAACAAUCCCAAUUGGCGGUGGACCAGUCAGUGGAAUCCCAACGAAGUGAUUCAUGCCGACGAUGCCAGACCAUCCUACACUGUGUUACUAAGUACAUACUUGAGUUACAUCCUGCUUAUCAUUAUCGGUCACAUUCGAGACUUCUUCGGUAAAAAGUUUACACCAGCCUCAUACGCUCAUUUGAUGCCCCAGAACGGCUACGCCGCGCUCAACUCCGACUUCGACUCUUUCUACACCCGUCGAUUAAAGAAACGUCUCGACGACUGUUUCGCGCGACCUACCACCGGUGUCCCCGGUCGAACCAUUGUCUGCUACGAUCGUUCCUCCACCGACCAGAACAACACUUUUCAAUUGACUGGUACUACAACGCGCGCUUUGAACGUUUCCUCUUAUAACUAUCUCGGUUUCGCCUCUUCUACAGGUGGCUGCGCCGAUGCUGUCGAAAUGGCCAUUAAGCGAUACGGUGUUGCCAGUGCCGGUGCCAGACAUGAAGCUUCUACUACCGACCUUCACUUACAAUGUGAGAAACUCGUCGCCAAGUUUCUCGGUGUUGAAGCGUCCAUGGUCGUUUCGAUGGGUUAUGCCACCAACUCGACUACGAUCCCUGCGUUGGUUGGUAAAGGCUGUCUUGUGAUUUCCGACGAAUUCAACCACGCUUCUAUCCGUGCCGGUGUGAGAAUGAGUGGGGCUUCGAUGAGAUGGUACAAGCACAACAAUAUGGAUGUGCUUGAGAACUUGUUGAGGGAAGUCAUUUCACAAGGCCAACCCAGGACUCACAGGCCGUGGAAGAAGAUAUUGGUUAUUGUCGAAGGAUUAUUCUCAAUGGAGGGUAGUUUGGUUGAUCUUCCCAGAUUGAUUGAGCUCAAGAAGCGUUACAAGUUCUAUUUGUAUGUCGAUGAAGCUCACUCUAUCGGUGCGAUGGGCCCCAACGGUCGAGGUGUUUGUGACUAUUUCGGUAUCGACCCCCGUGAAGUCGACGUCUUGAUGGGUACCGUCACAAAAUCGUUCGGUGCUGCCGGUGGUUACAUCGCGGGUAGCAAGGAACUCGUCGACCGUCUCCGUGUCCGAUCACACGCUACCGCGUACGCUGAAUCCGUAUCUCCUGCCGUUCUCACCCAGAUCAUCGCUUCUAUGGGUUCUAUCAUGGGCAUUGCCCCUCCCCUGGCUGCCCCUCCCACAGAGGACGACAAGUCCGAGACAUGGUCCAUCGCAUCCCGUCCAGCAGUGUACGGCCCCGCCCCAUCUUCCCUCCUCCCCCCUUGGCUCACCCUCCCUCCUCACUUACUCAACGGAACCGAGGGCCGCGAACGUCUCCGCCGUAUCGCUUUCAACUCCCGGUACCUCGCUUCUGGUCUUCGCAAACUGGGCUUCAUCGUCUACGGUAAUCGGGAUUCACCCAUCAUUCCUCUUCUUAUCUUCCAGCCCGGUAAGAUGGGUUACUUUUCUCGUAUGAUGCUCGAGCGUAUCGGCCCCGACAAGACACCCAUCGUCGUCGUGGUCGUGGCCUAUCCCGCGACCCCACUCAUCACUUCCAGAGUCAGAUUCUGUCUCUCGGCGAGUCACACGAAAAAUGAUAUGGACAUGGUCCUCAGGGCAUGUGAUGAAGUUGGAGAUGUGUUGAAUUUGAAAUAUAAUAAGCAGGAAAUGAGUGUGGAGGAAGUCAUUGCCAAUGCUGAGGAGCUGGUUGCUGCUUCUCAUGUUUAAACAUGGGGUGAAGAAUGAGUGUGUUCAUUUUGCAUAUGGAAGGGAACGAUGAAGGACGAACUAAAUCAUACAGCGUUUAAUUAUUUUCACACCUCUUUUUUCGUCUUUUUCGUUUAAUCCUUCUCCAUUAUUUUAUUUUACAAUUUCUCAACAAGCAAUUUGAAUCGUACAUUUUUCCUAAUUUGUUUUCUAUCACCUUUUUUCUCACCUUCUUGCAAAGCAACAAGCAGCUUAGAUUGCUUCAAUUGCGAAACAAAGCUAGAAUCUGUAGGAGCUAGAACCUAUAUAGCCUGGACUGGAUUCUAGGGAGUAUUCGUCUUUCUUUUUGGUCUGGUUUCUUUUGCCUAUUAUAUGUAAAUAGGAUAAAGGAUGUUUAAACAAUUAAUAUCAUCUUCAGGUUGAGCGGACACCACUGUACAAGUACAAGUACAAUCCAG